GGCGGCGGAGGAGAGGUGAGAUCGGGAGGCGCAGGCGGCGGAGGGGAGAGAGGGAGAGAGAGUUGAAGGGGAAGCCCUUCAGGUCCGCAGGUAAUGGCGACAAGGUAUCUGAUACUGUCCCUACCUACGGGCGAGGAGGAUGCUGGUGCCUCAAAGUAUGCAGACUCUUUUUGGGAUGAAUUGCACAGAUCCCUGUCAGGCUUGCACGUACCACUCUACAGGCUCAACGUUCCAAAAUUCCGAAGAACUACACUUCAUGUUCUGGAUGGCGUCGCAGACAGCCUUACCAAUUUAAAUGCAGAAGUACAAGACCUCUGCAAUACCAUCCAUCAGUAUAUCAUGGAGAUUGGGAGUGUCUCCGCAUCAAAACAAAAGAGUACUGCAGUCACAAUCGGUGGUCUCUCCGUGGAUGAUUAUAUAUCAAUGUUUCUAUGGGAUGAGAAAAAAUAUUGUCUGGAGUCGCCUAUCAAGGAUUUAGUCUCUAUCAUCAAUUCUGAGAUUUCCAAUGUGAAAAGUGAUAUGAAGGUAAAGAGGGCAAAGUAUGAUGAUGUUCAAAGGAAGCUUCGUGCGGUUAACAGAAAACAAGGUGUUGUAAGCCUUAAAGAGAUUGACUUUUACGGCUUCCUGCAACCAGAAGAUAUGGUGUUCUCUGAACAUCUUGUAACACUUUUGGUGAUUGUACCAAUAACAUCCCAGAAGGAAUGGUUAUCAACCUAUGAGUUCCUUGAUCCUUUGGUGGUACCACGAUCAACUAAAAAGAUUUAUGAGGACCAGGAAUCUGCUCUAUACACAAUUACACUAUUUGCUAAGGCUGUUCCAAAUUUCAAGGAUCGUGCAUGGAAGAAACAUUUUCAGGUUAGCGACUUUAUGUUUAGCCCCGAGGCAUACGAAAGAAGAAAGCAAGGGAUCCAGGAGUUAGUUCAUGACCAGGAAGUUACAAAGGCCUCUCUUUUGCAGUGGCUAUAUGGAAGCUACAGCGAGGUUUUUUCCCGCUGGAUGCAUGUCGUUACUAUGCUUGUCUUUUCUGAGAGUCGUCUCCGGUAUGGCCCUCAUGCUGGAUUCCUUUCAGUGGUUCUUGUUCCAUCUAUGGACAAUGAGGGGAAAAUUAGGAACGCCUUGGAGGAAUUGACUGGUGGUGGAAAGAGUUACUGGAAUUCUGCAGAUUCAGAAGAUGCGUUUGCUCUUAUGGGACUGGUUGGUCAAACCGACCCAUAUCACUAUGUUUCAUUCAGCAUCAAGGUUGUCUGAGGAUGGGGUGCGCGUGGAGAUGAAAAGUGCUUAAAAACCAGAGGCUGUGUUCACAGAGGAUUGAAAAUCGAAGUUGUUUCAUCAUCAAACCAAAACAAGUUUAGAGGAACGAUAUCUGAAUAAAUUCUUCAGCGAUGGUACUGCUUAUGUCAAGCUUGUCCGGCAAAGAUGCUCUGUGUAGCCGGUGUGUUCCUCAUGUUGAGAGUGAAAAAUGUUCCUUUCCAAAUCUUGAACAUACAGUGGUGCUUCAUUGUCGAUUUAUUGACAACUUGAGAUGCAACUUUUUAGUUCCAUCCGUACUUUUUUUCCUUAUUUGUCUGGGAAUUUUCAUGCAAAGAAUUUAAGUUCCUGCCGCUUACCAGUUCUUGGUGCAUGUAAUUUUGCUGAUGGAAUCACCA